AUGGCUGAUGAUGCAGAAACUGCUCUUAGCACUUAUGCUGGAACAUUUUCAAACAUAGUGCGCAAACUCCAUCCAACGAGCGCUACAGGUGAUGUAACACAAGAGGAGACAAAUCUGAGUCUCAUAAAUGCGUUGGCUCCAGGUGAUGCAUUGUCAACAGAGCCAGUUGCCGAAAAAGCAAGAACGCAAGGCGAGUUACGCAAGGAGGUAGAACAAAAGUGGAACCCUCUAACCGAACGUGAACCCACGGUUCAGGAUGAACGUGAAUGGAGGGCCAUACAGUUAAGGGGCUUCAUGGACCCUAAGAAAUUCUACAAGGGUAGCAAGAGUGGAAAGAUGGAGUCCCUUCCGCGGCGUUACCAAGUAGGGAUCCUAACGGGAUCGUCAGGAGUAAAGGCCGGGUCUGGAGAAGAAUCACAGGCCGUUGGGGCGGCAAACUCCAGGCGAAGCAGGGGAGUUUCUGUGCUUUCUGAGACGCUGGCAUCCGACCAGACGUGGACAAAGAAAAAAUACCGGGAAAUACAAGCGGAGAAGACAUCCGGAUCGAAAGGGUGGUAUAAAAGGCAGAGGAAGAAGCUCAAGGCUGUGCCCAAGUGA